AGAGAGAUUGGUCACCGAUUUCAUCAACCUCCCUCCAUCGUGUUUCUGCCAUCGCCGCUCCACCAAAUCUGUUUCAUUAGCGUUAAAGGGCUUUCCAUUUGACCUGAAUCACAAAGCCAUAAAAAAAAAUCCCGGAGCGCAUCUUCUUCUUCUUCUUCUCUUUCAAAGAUCAAGAGAUCGCUUCAUACAGUUCCAUCUUCCAAGAUUUUCCUCGGCAGUUAUACAGUUUGUUUAGGGGAAACAUGGCCGGAGAAGGUGAAGAGGAUGUACCUAGAGAUGCUAAGAUUGUGAAAUCUCUGCUUAAGUCGAUGGGUGUGGAGGACUACGAGCCUCGUGUGAUACACCAGUUUCUGGAGCUAUGGUACCGGUAUGUGGUGGAAGUGUUGACAGAUGCUCAGGUAUACUCAGAGCAUGCUAGCAAAUCCAACAUUGACUGUGAUGAUGUGAAGCUCGCUAUUCAGUCCAAAGUUAAUUUCAGCUUCUCACAGCCACCUCCAAGAGAGGUUCUGCUAGAGCUUGCUGCAAGUAGGAACAAGAUCCCUUUGCCAAAAUCGAUAGCAGGACCGGGUGUUCCUCUCCCACCUGAACAGGACACAUUGCUGAGCCCAAACUACCAGCUUGUGAUACCAAGGAAGUCAGCUUCCACAGAACCUGAAGAAACUGAGGAUGAUGAAGAAAUGACAGAUCCUGCACAGUCCUCGCAAGAACAGCAGCAACAACAAACAUCAGACCUCCCAGGUCAAACUCCCCAACGAGUCUCUUUCCCUCUCUCUAGAAGACCCAAUAAGUAGAUACACAAAAAGUUUAUUAUGUUAUGUAUGAAAAUGUAGUAGCACAAUUAUUAUUAAUGACCAUAUGUGGUAUCAAAGGAGUAGAAUGUAAGAGAAUCAUAUAUUAAUGACCAGAGUCAGUUUUCGUAGAA